GGCCCCUCCAUUCACUAGUCUGGUGAAGUGCUUUGAGAGCCUCAAAGAGAAGGGCAAAAUGCUAUCGCCACCGCCAGGUCAUGGGCCUGGCCUCGGCAGGAGCAGUCCCACGAGGCACCACUAGAGUCCGGUGAUGCUGCUGCAUCCACAGCAUCCUGUCUGCCCCCCGGGCGAGCUGCUGAAAUCCCCUGCGUACCCGUCUCUCGCUGUGUUCGCAGUGUGUCCUGUGGAAAGACAACGCCUGCUGCACGGCCAACACCAGCACGGAGGCUCACCAGGACCAGUCCUACCUGUACAACUUCAACUGGAACCACUGCGGGGUGAUGCCAGAGAAGUGCAAGCAGCACUUCAUCCAGGACACGUGUCUGUACGAGUGCUCGCCCAACCUGGGGCCUUGGAUCGACCAGGCGGAUACUAGCUGGCGCCGGGAGAGGAUCCUCAACGUGCCGCUGUGCAAGGAGGACUGCGAGCUGUGGUGGGAGGACUGCCAGGACGCCGUCACCUGCAAAGAGAACUGGCACAAGGGCUGGAACUGGACCUCAGGGACCAACCGGUGCCCCUGUGGCUUCAUGUGCCAACCGUUCAAAUACGUCUUCCCCCGGCCGGCGGACCGGUGCGAGAAGAUCUGGUCCAACUCCUACAAAUACACCACGGAGCACCGGGGCGGUGGGCGCUGCAUCCAGAUGUGGUUCGACCCUGCCAACGGGAACCCCAACGUGGCCGUGGCCAAGUACUAUGCCCAGAACGGGAGAGACGCCUCUCCUGCGCCGCGGGCUGUCCUGCUGCUGCUGCCGGCUGCUCUCCUGGCCCUGCUCUGAGCAUCUGGAAGCUGCUAGUCCUUGGGUCUUGAAAUAGCAGGGCUUGGUGGCCGGCUGAAAGCACCCUAGCUAUGGCCUCUGACUCUGGCAGCUCCACUGGCUUAUACAGGAAAUAUUUCUUCUCUAGGCAUGGGGUGUGUUCACCCUGCGGCCCUGCCUUGGGCUCUGGCCGGCAGAUGAUUCAAGAUUCCAUCCAGCUGCUUCUAACCUGGACAAGACUCAAUAGAACCAGAUUAUCCCCAUUCUCCUGCCCUUGAACGUCACUCACUCCAUGGUUUUACUGUCUCAGUGUUCUCCUGCCACGUUCCUCUCUUCCAGCGGGCUCUGCGGGGAGAUCCCUCCACGGACCGUGUCCCUGGGGAUUGAGCUCUGUAACAUGCUGUGACUCAUUGGCUGGGUGCACUUCCUCUGACGAUGGUGCCCGCAGUCAUCUGCAGGGCUGGCUUUAGGCCGAUUCGCCCGAUUCCCGUGAAUCAGGCCCCGCGCCUACCAGGGCCCCGCAGCAUCUGGAAGAGGGGCCCUGCAAGGUAAGGAAGGACCCUCCGCUGAAGUGCUGCCGGAAACAGCGGCAACCGAUUGAGCUGCCGCUGAAGAUAGUGGCAGCAAUUCGGCGGCAGCUCAAUUUGGUGGCAUUACAGUGGCGUUUUGGCGGCAGCUCUUUCUAAUCGGGCCCCGCACGUCCUAAAGCCAGCUCUGU